AUGACUCAACCAAUGAAUAAGAUACCUAAAUCGUCAGAAGCAUACAUCACGAUGGAGUAUCAAAUCCAACAGCUCUUACACGCACCUCGCGUUCAAAUCAUCGAAGCAUUCGAUAUAAACAACGUACAACAAGCGAUUAAUUUCGGAAAAUAUUGUGAAAACUUACAGCCAUUGAAUGUAGUUCACGCUUUUAUACCAACAACUUCUUUUCAGCAACCUUUAUCAGAUAUCAUCAAAAACGGUGUUAGAAUUUCACCAAAUCUUCCAUUGCACGUUUGCCCAAACAAAAUUGACAUCAAUAAAGAUCGCGAUUUUAACGAAGUCAUUCAUGUACUCGUUGCUUUAGGAAAUACAUACAAUUAUCAACCGAUAAUGUGUGAUGAACUCGAUCAAGCAGACUUUAUUCAGAUGGAACCACAAGCAUCCGACCUUCCGGAUGACUAUGAUUCACUUUGCGUCAACAAAUCCGAUUUCGUUAUUUUCAAACCGAAGCAAAUCCGUACAUUACACAUUGUCCGCUUCACAAGUGGAGAAACACUUGAGCUCAAGCACGAAACCGAGCACAAAUGUGAUCUCUGUGGUGCUCCAGCAACAUUAUGGUGCACAAACUGUUCAGCCAAGCUUUGUGACAAGUGCAAUGCCGAAAGCCAUACAGGAAACAAGCUUCUCGAAGCCCAUAAACGCAUUCCUGUCUCCGAAGCUUUCACACAGAUGACAGAUUGUCCAUUCCAUCCCGGAGUUAAGGUCGAACACUUCUGUUUCCAGUGCCAAUUACCUGUCUGCCUCGAAUGCAAGAUGAGCGGCACCCAUUCCUUCGGAAGCGCCUCGAAACACACCCUUGUUCCUCUUAAAGACGCUUACACGGCCGCCUGCAAGCACACAGAGACAGAAGACAGAAUUUACGUUCGCCGCAGAAAAGCACUUACCGAGAAAAAGGAAGAUUUCACAAAGCGCCUUAAAGAUGUCAUUGAAAACGAAAAAACCGUUGAAGCAAGGAUCAUGAAAGUUGCACAAGACGCCAUUACAUCCUUGAAGCAACAAUCUGGCGAAAGAGCUCUUAAACUCAGAUCCGCUCUUACUGAAGUAGAAAGGAAACUCCAAGAAAUCGUCGAAAAAGAAGAGUUUAUUCAGUUACACAAAGAAUAUUCCGAUCCAGUUACAUUCAUCAAGAGUUCUUGCAUUCACGACAGGUUGUUACAAGAACUCAAACAUGAUGAUGACAUUCCUUUGGAUUGCGAUAUCGAAGGUGAUCUUUGUGUAACCGGCGGUUUGACGGUUUGUCCGAAAUCAAUUGCAGAUCUUCCUGAUGGUGUUGUUAAGAGGGAUGUUCCAUUCAAUGAGCGCGAAAGGAUCACUGAUUACGGAACAGAAACAACAACAUUACCACCGGAAUCCACACAACCAACUAAUUCAUCUACAUAUGAAAACAGAGAGCCAAUUGAUUUGUCCAAAGUCAAAGUCACGAAGAUUUCAAGUUUGGCUGCAAGAAGGAGACAAAAGAUGAAGAAGAAUGGCAUCGAAAUCAAUUUCACGCCAUUCGCGGGAUCAAAGAUCAUUGACAAGAUACAAGGUGAUUCAUUGUAUCACGCUUUGCCAUUCAAAGCAACACCAAAGACACAUAUGUUGUUCAGUACACAAAGGGAUGGAAAGAGCAUCAAAAUCAUGCAUGACUUGAUUGAUAAUUUGGGAAUUACUCUUGUUUUAGUCAAAAGAGAUGAUUUCGUUUUCGGUGGAUUCGCAGGAACAAAAUGGAACCAUAAUGGAGAGAAUUUCGGUCAGCCAAAUGGUUGUUUCUUGUUCUCUUUGAAUAGAGAUGCAAUAGUUCCUUACAGACCUUCAAUUGAAGAACCUUGUGUCUUGUUCGCCGAAAAGGAUACUUUGACAUUCGGAAGAUACGAUUUAGUUCUCGCUGACAAUUUCAAACAAUGCGUCGCUGUUAUAGAAAACUCUUACGGUAUUGGUUUGCCACCAGAUUCUCCUGAAGCUGAAGAAUAUUUGGCUGGAACUCCUGAAUUCGCUGCAGAAGCAGUUGAAGUUUGGGGAUUCUUCUCUGAUUAA